AUGGCUGGGGAGAUAGUCUAUGCCGAGCUGAACCUCUCCCCUGGCUUUCCUGGCUCCAGGACACCCCUUUCAGCUCAGCCCCUCGGUCCCGCAUGUCCCUGGUGGCAUCGGACAGCACUGUGGGGUGGAUGGAUUGGGAAUAUUGUCCUGGUGAUUGCUGUGAUAGCGCUGGGGAUUUGGGUUUCCUACUUCAUGUCUGAGAAGGGACAGACCCUGGCAGCCCCUGGGAGCGACGGAGCCGGGAGCAGAGACCCCAGUACAGCAGAAUGCAGCACCCUUCUGGAGCGUUUCCGAUCCCAGCUGUGUCCCCUGGCCCAGCCUGGCCCAGCAGGGGGCUCCGGGUGCAAACUCUGCCCCACAGACUGGCAGCUGCAUGGGGACAAGUGCUACUGGGUCUCCAGAGGAAGUAAAAUGUGGAGCGAGAGCCGCGUCGACUGCUCAGCGAGGGGCUCCCAGCUGCUGGUGAUCCGCGACCCCGAGGAGCUGGCAUCUCUACAGCACCUGACACACGCUCCAAAUCAGUUCUGGGUCGGACUGUCCGUCCCCUCCCCAGAGAAGGCCUGGACCUGGCUGGACGGCUCCCGGCUGGAUCAGACCCAGCUCCCAGUGUCAGGCCCGGCUGAGGGGAACAGUUGUGGGGUGGUGAAGGGGAAUCGGAUUCGUUCUGACGCCUGCAGCUCUGCAUUUCAGUGGAUUUGCCAGAGAGACGCCGUCCCGCUCUGA